UCAGAAGCCAUCUACCCUAUAAAUCAAGAAAGAAGAGCAACAGAGUCGUGUUUAAUCAAUCGUGAGCUCCUGUCCGCAUCAUCUCAUCAAGGUCGACUAAUGGCGUUUCUGGGAGGAUCAUUGCGCGUCACAAGGAGCAUCGGCAGCCGGAAGAUGAUGGAGGGGAAGAGCCACAGCAGGCCGGGGUCGUGGCGGCAGGCACCGGCGCCCGUGAGGCAGUUGUUCUGGAGGGUGAGGCGGGCCAUGCUGCGCCCGAAGCGCCGCGCCGUGAGAUUUGGAUACGACCUCAAGAGCUACUCCCACAACUUCGAUGACGGCCUCGUCCCAGCUCACCGCCUGUAGAUGACACCCACGGGGGCUUCUUCUUCUUCUUCUUCUUCUUCUUCUUCUUCUUCUUCUUCUCCGCCCGGCCGGACCAUGGCCCGAGGCUAGAGAGUUUCAAGCGUGGUGACCUUGUACUGCACAUAGUUUGAAGUGU